AUGGCCGACCCCGUCCCAGCGGCGCUGCGACAGGCCGAUGUCAACAUCUGGAAAUGCGCCACAAGGGCGGGGGAGUUCCAGCGAGGCGCGCAGGUCGCGAGCGCAAAGCCGGAGCAGCGCAAUCUACGACGUAUCAUGGCAUAUUGGUGUCAUUACUGGGCUGUCCAGCAAAUCCUGGCGAGGAACCUGCAAAGCACCGACGAUGACAUUCGACGGUACACAGAAAGCGUGGUAAAAGUGUUGGAGCAUACGAUGGCUAAGUAUGCCAACAAGGAGGCCCUGAAUGAUGAUACGGAAGGUGAAGCACACAAUAUGGCGAGCGAGGCCUACGUCGAGCGCGCCAUAACAGAUGACGCGGCGGGCCAGUUAUGCGUCAAGCAGUAUGCACAGCGAGUGCUCGACCAGGGGGAACUGGAUGUGGAGAUGAACUCGGUCACGCUGGACACAGCAAAGACGUUUGAGGCAGCCGCAACCUUCUUCCAUGUGGCCAAUGUAUGGGGUCCACUGGAUCAAGAGACUCAGCAGAAGAUCAAGUACGCAAAGUGGAAUGCGGGACGGAUUCUCAGGGCUAUAAAAGAGGGCAAAGACCCCAACGAGUCGAAUCCGAGACACGUCAACCCCUCACAACCAGACUCGGGUCCCAGUGAGCCCUCGGUAGAAACUCAUGGCGCUGUUCCGCCGAGCACCAUACCGAGACCGGCGACGGUGGAGGAGGUACCCGACUCGGAUCUGGUCAAAGACGCGGCCGGCGUUUCGCUACCUCACAGCCCCGUCUCCCCGGUCUCCGACGGCGGGCUUCAAUUACCCGGCGUGCCCACCGAUCUCCAAGAACCAGCACAAUCGGGUUCUUUAGGUCCGGAAACAACAGUUCCAUCGCCGCCAGCGGUUCCGGAUCACUCUGGAGCCCAUCCAGGCCUGCCAGCACCGCCCAGUGGGUGGACGCCAUCGCAACCGAGCCCUGUGAGCCCUCCUCCAGGCGCGGGAUUUUAUCACCGGCCUUCAGUCCCACCCGCAGCACCGCCGACGUUUGCCACGAACCCCCCACCAACGGCUGCAGUGGCCUCGCCUCCACCUUCGGUAGACUCGUAUCAUAGGAACAUGUCCCCGAUGGCGCACUCGGCAAGGCCUGCGGCUCCUACAGCAGCUCCACCUACGAGUUAUGCGCCAGCUCAGCCUGGAAACUUUAUCACGGACGAGGCGGCGGUGGUCGGGGCGCAAAAGCAUGCCAGAUGGGCCAUCUCGGCUCUCAAUUUCGAGGACGUGCCCACCGCAGUAAAGGAAUUGCGCAAAGCGUUGGAGUUGCUGGGUGCAACGUAA